GUGUAGUGGAAAUGUGUAGUGGAAGAGUGUGUGUGUGGGUGGGUGGGUGCAUAUGGGUCUGUGAGUAGGAGGGUGUGAGUAUGAGUGUGUGUUCAGAGCAGUUUGUCUACAAUUCUGUUGUGGGUUGUUGUGUCUGUCAUUAUGAGUACUGAGUACUUUGUUAUCUAAUGAGUAAAAAAGUAUGAAGUCAUACUACUGGAAAUUCCCUGGGAAAUUUUAGGUAGGAGCCAAUGCAGCACAAAUUAAGAAAAGUAAUACAGAUUUUGAAGAUGAUCAAGCUAUCAACAGUACUAAUAGUAGUGGCAGUGUGCAGUGGGCUACCGAGGAGAGGGAGUUGCUAUGAAACCAAAAAACUCCCCUCUGACAACACCCUCAUGAUACAAAAAGGGGAAUGGAUUGAGGCCAAUAUCGUAGUGACUGGUUUGUCUGAGUCUGACAAGAACAGUAUAUUUAUCAGCCUACAAGACACUUGUAUCCAUUCACCUAACUCCAACUCCCUGGCCAAAUAUCUAUGGACACGUAGCAGUGACAUUUGCCCUCCGUGGGCGGGGACAGAAGAAGAUGAACGAUGCAAAUGGCUUACCAUACAUAUUAAGGGAGAUGCAGAUAGUCUGAACAAUACUAAGAUUGGGUGGUGCCACUCAACAGAGGGGGGGACUGACAUAAAACCCCAGUACUUGAUCAUUGUGACAACAUCUAAAAAUUGGACAAGCACCUCAGGGCAAAUGAAAACUGAAAGAGGUUUAACUAACACCACUGUGACAGCACUGGGAGUGUGGGUGGGAUUGCUCCUGAUCAUAGUGAUGAUUCUUCUCGCCGUAUUUGUUACCGUCCUGGCAGUCUGCUUUAAGAAAGUGAACAAGAAAGGGGAAAGGAUCUAGGAGCAACGUACCGAACAAGAGAGCUACAGUAACAUCGGCAUAAACCCUCUUAUAAAAAAAACUGAGAUUUUAGAAUAGUUUGGCAGCAAUCACUAUUAUCAGUCACUCAGUAUAAAUUGACACACAUGAUUAUAACACAAUUUUAUUGGCGUAAUAAUUAUGAGUA